CACAACCCGGAAGUCGAAAAUUAAUUUCCGCUGGCUCAUCACUCCACGAAAAGGCUAAAUAUUUUGGUCAUUUUGACCAUGACAGUGGUUUUAAAUAUGACAUUUUUAAGCAAAAAUAAAACACCUUUUACGAUAUCACUAUGGAGAACACUGUUGUACUUUUCAACGAAUACAUAACGGACAUUUGUGUUGGGCUAUUUUGCCACAGCCAUUUCUUUCAAUUUUUGUCAACUCUGUUGCCAUAUUCUGUUAUUGCUCACUUUGGAACGUCGCGAAAUCGCUAGAAGCUUAAUGGAAAUGGAGACUUUAACGUUGCACCCAAACUGAUAAUUGCUCAGAGGACUUGUAAAUAUGUAGAUGAAAUGUAGGAAUAUUAGAAUUAACGAAAUGUAUGUUGUUUGUUCACGCAUUUGAGUAUCAUCCAAUCAUCUUCUUUCAUCUUUGAAAAGUUGUCGUUAUUUAUAAUUUCAUUCUGAAAAAUAAACAAAAAUGUCCACAAAUUUGGGUGAUCCGUCAAUGAGGAAGAGCUGCAUGUUACGAAGGCUUCAAAAUCAACUAAAGAAGAAACAGGAAUCCCUUGCCGACCACUUCAGCUUUAAGAUGUUGAUCACCUUUUACUUUAAAGGAAAGAAAGAAAAUGCUGUAUUUGAAGUUUCUGAGGUAAUCCCAGUAAUGACCAACAAUUAUGAAGAGUGCAUUAUGGAAGGAGCAAAGAGAGAUGCCUAUUCUGAGGAGAGUACAAAGGAACUUCUGGAGAAAGACAUUGUGCAGUUUCAUGCGCCCAAGUGGCAGCCUCUGAGGAGGGACUUGAUUGGCUGUACCAGCAAUGUUGACUAUUUCCUGUGGCCCCGUAAAGAUCUGGACAGGAUAGAAUGCACUGUGUUCUCUAAGUGGAAAGACGAAAUAGGGCCAUAUAGAAAGAUCGAGGCGAGUUUUGAGUUCUGCCACAGCGACAUAGAGAAGCAGUCGAUGUACCUGUUAUCUUGCAAGGACGACAGUGGACUAAUUGUGGCCAACCCAGAACAGAAUGUCUUCCUGUUUGUUGACAGGCUUAACCUACAGACGCAGACGAAGGUGGUUACGAUUCUGAAACUGUGCAGCGUGUGCGUCUAUCUGCCCCAAGACCAGCUGAUGAACUGGGGCCUUGAGACUAUGGAACAGACCCGGGAUGCCCUGCAGCUCGACCAGUCUAGCAAUGACUAACCUGUUACCAGUUUAGAAAAAAAAAAUCCAGUCUGACCUGGAAACCAGACUGGAGGCUAACUAGUCUACCAUUGACUAACCUGCAACCCAUCUUAUGAAUAUAUUUAUGUAACAGAAAAGCAGUCAGCUAAAAUAAUAAUACAACAUACAGUCAGGGCUAGUCUAAAGGCUAAAUCACUGUAUCAUAAAGUUUUUGUUGUUUUUUCGCUUAACUAUGAUUUUAACUCGUUAAGUCAAGUACAUAACUAUAUAUCAAAUUUCUUAAGCCUUACGUCUUAUGGCCUCUGUCAUUUAGAAAACUGCUAUAUGCUUGAUCAGAAAAUAGAAAUUGAAUUGCCAUGACUUAUAUUCUCAGACAUUUAUCAUUCUCAAACUGUAGUAAGGAAAUAUAGUAGUCUCAAAACCCAUUCUAAUGGUAUGCUCUGCUACAAUGUAACAUGCUACUAGGUUCAUAUUGUCUUUUCAUUUUGGCUUGCAUGCUUUCUCAUUUUUUGUUAUUGAAAGUAAUUAACUGAAUAAUCUUGUAAAUACCAAUUCAUCAAUAUAAUGGGGGAAGGGGGUCGGUGGGUGGGAUCAUUACUGUAGGGUAUGUACUUGUAAAUUAAAAUUAUUAUUCCAGUACAAAGAAAAUUUAGACUGGUCCUUUGUAAGGAAUUGUCAUAUGAUAAAAAGCUCUGUUACCUGAAUGCCUCAUGUGGGUUGGUAUAUUCUCUCGAACGUGCUAUCGUUUGCAAAUUGCUUUAUUUCUCAGCUUAAAUUCUGUAUAUUUGUAUCAUAAGACACUUUUCUUCAUGCAACUUUCUGUGUAAAUAAAUUUCAUUUCAAUUA